AUGGCUGUUCUCGUUGACGCGCUCCAGACGCGCGCGGGCGGGACGCUCGGCGCGGCGUCGCUUCCGAGGCACCUGAGGCGCCGCGCGACGAGCCAUAACCCGUACGCGCGAGUCACGAAGCAUCGACCGAAUCUGAAGCGGAGAAAAACGAUCGAAGACUCGGGGGAAUCCGUCGACGCGGCGGCGGCGCGUCCCUCUCCCUUCCUUUCCUCUCUCUCUCUCUCUCUCUCUCUCUCUCUUGCGCGCGCGACGAAUGAACGAACGAACGAACGACGAACGAGCGCGCGCGCGCGCGCACGCGCGCGGUCGCCGAUGAGGACUCAACAACGCACCCAGCCAAACCGAGAAUUCACGCGAUGGCGACACGCGUACCCGCGAAGUGACAUUCGCACGCUACGGCCUGAGGCGACCGCGCGCAGCGGCGCGACGCGCGCGCCGUUCGCGGCGUGUUGGUCGAGAGGCGGGGUCAAGCUGCGAUCCGGCGCGGUCGCGCGGUGGUGCCGCGCGGCGAGGCGGCGGCCGGAGCGGCUGCGCGCGCGAUGGGACGCCGACGCCGCGCGCGCGGAGGCGGCGAAAAUUGAAGACGACGAAGACGAUGAAGACGACGACGACGACGAGUCGCACGCCGCCGUGAUGCACGUCGACGACGUGUGCGACGUCGGCGGCGAUCGCGCGGCGAUCGCCGCGCCGCCGAGAAAGCUCGAGACGCACGUGUGGCACGCGAAACGCUUCGAGAUGCGCCGUCACGAAGCGCACGGGUACGCGCUCGCGUGGGGUCGACGCGGAAAAGGACGCGGGUGGAGGUCGACGAUGCGUUUCGCGAGCGAGCGCUGCGUCGCGCACGACGCGUCGUAUCACUCGACGCUCGUGUUGCGUGGAACAGAAACGGACAUCAUGAAAACGUUACGCGACGUCGCCGAAGGCGGCGACGCCAAGGCGGUCGGAUCCGUCGCCGCGCGGCGCGGCGACGUCGCCGCGGACGUGACGCUCGCGCGACGCGACGGGAGAAGGAAAGGAAACGCCCGCGUCAUCGCGCCAGCGAUGGCGCUCUGGGAACCGACCGACGCGACCGACACCGACACCGACGCCGCCGCCGCCGCGCUUCUCCGCCGCGAGUUGACUCUCUGGGUGCACCCCGGCGCGGCGGAGGAGGCGCGCGACGCGCUCGCGACGGCGGCGAGCGACCGCGGCGUCGACGUCGAAGCGACGCGCGUCCGCGGCGGGUGUCGCGUCGAGCUCGUCGGCGAGACCGCGGCCGCGGUCUUGGCCUCCGUUCUCGACGAGGACGAGGGGGGUGUUACGCGCGGCGGGGGCCAGACGGCGGCGGCGUGGUUGCGCGACGCGAGGGGCGCGCCGCGGGGGGUGUUACGCGCGGCGACGCGAGGCGAUCCGCGCGAGGCGGCGUGGGCCGCGAAGAAGAAGAGCGGAGACGACGGUGGAGAAGACGCGGCGUCCAUUGUCGGGAGGGGCGUCGCGCGCGGCGACGACGACGUCCGCGCCGCGGGGCUCGCCGCGGGCGGCGGCGCAGGCGCGCGAUCGACGCGAUCGACGCCGCCGCCGCCCGCGACGGCGCAGGCGCUCGCGUCGCGGCGCGCGCGAAUUCGCGCGGACCGCGUCGCCGGUCGCGCGCGCGCGUCGUCGCCGGCGGCGUCGCCGUCGCCGUCGUGCCCCGUUCUGAUCGUCCGCCGCGCGUCGCAUCCGCGCUUACCGAUCGCUCGCCGCGGAUUCACGAUCAUCGCCCCGAGCGGGUGGGCGCUGCCGCUGUGGCUCGCGCUCGUGCACCUCGGCGCGCGCGCGGCGGGGCAGCGGGAGUGGGGGUGGCUCGCGUCGGCGGCGGGGGCGGCGACGUUCCCAGACGACUUUCCAGACGCCGCCGCGGGGGCGACCGCGAUCGAGUCCGCGCGCGCGUCGAUGGACGCGAGAGCGGCGAAGACGCCGCGCGGGAAGCGCGGCGCGGCGUCCGCGUCCGCGCUCGGCGCGCUCGAGGUUGUGAAGCGCGGAGGCGCGAGGGUGGCGAGGACGAAAAAAGCCGUCGCGGCGGCGGCGGCGGCGGCGGGGACGACGACGACGUACGUUCGCGCGCUCGUGCGGUGCCCGUGGGGAGGUCGUCCCGUCCCCGGCGCGCCGGUGCUGAUGCCGCGCCAGGAAGAGAUCGAGACGUGGUCGCCGCUCGCGAGACGAGCGCGCGAGCGCCGCGGGAAGGGCGAGCGCCGCGGCCGUCUCUCCUCCGCGGUCGACGCCGACGUCGACGCCGACGUCGACGUCGACGUCGACGCGCGCGUCGUGAUCGGCGUCGUCACGUCCGCGUCGUCGUCCGCGGCGUCGCUCGGCGUCGCAUCCGCGCUCGUCGACGCGCGCGCGCUGGCGCGCGCGACGCGCGGCGGCGGGGACCGCGACGACGCGGGGGGAUCGAAGCCCGGACGCGGCGGCGGCGGCGGGCGAGACCGCUUCGUCGCGUUGCUCGUUCCCGGCGCGCGUCCGGCGGCGAUCGUUCCAGCGGUCGCGUCCGUCGCGCUGGACGCGAGCGACGUCGACGCGGUGUGGUGGUAG